AUGUCUGCUUCACCCCAAUAUCCCGUCAACCUGGCAGAAUAUCAGCAAUCUUGUCCAUCUUCGGAAACGACCGCUUGUGAACUGAGCUACACUGACUCUUACUACUAUGGACUGUCAGACCAGUAUUCCUCAUGUCCAAGUUCAGAGACAUGGGACAACUACCGACCCGUGGAUGUCCCACUUCGUGACGACUCCAGAGGAAGACCUAUCAAUUACUAUGUUGUCACCCCAAACUGUCCACAUUGUCACCAUCCUCUGCAACUUUACCAGGUAAGCCAGAGUGAGCUUUACAGGCUUGCAAAUGAACAAAGGGCUUAUCAAGAACAGCUCUACCUUGGGCAAAUUCCAAGAGACUAUUAUCCUCAGGUUGGAUAUAAUUACCCACAGCCCCAGGCCCCUUACCCAUACCAAAGCUACUAUAAUCAGCAAUAUGGGUACUCAGGUGGGUAUUCUCAAGGACCACAGGAGCAGCAGAAUUAUGGUCAGCAACAGACUUACACUCAAGAGCCUUCUUUGAAUUAUCAAAAUUACCCCGUUCAACAACCUGCUGCUGAAAUCACCCAUCAGCAAGUGAUUCCCAAUGGAGAAUGUGAAUAUUACAAUUACCCUCCAGUCCAGCCAAUUCAGACUACCAAUACUCAAACAGUUAAGUGCCAACUUGCUCAGGAGCCCCUUCUUCCAGUAAGUUCCCAGCCGCUUCCAAAAAAGGUAGACUGGAGCUAUACACCUAGGAAGGCUGCUGCCGAAUCAGGAAACAAUACCAAGUCGUCAAAGUUUUGCUGGAAGUACCUUGAGGACCCAUCGUUUUCGUUGCCCAAUCCGAGGCGUAUGCAGCCAUCAAUAUUCGAAGUUUUAGCCCAUGCUGAAGAAGAAAAGGAUGCCCAAGAAUCCAACCUUCCGGAUGAUCAAGAGAACGGUGGUUAUUCAAGUAACAGUCUGUCUUCAGAUGAGUCAGGUACAGAGGAUGAAGACGGUGAUGAGGAUUCUAAAGUCCCUGAGAAGUACAAUGACGAGAACCUUGAUCUUUCUACCUUGGACGAUGAAGAGCUCAUGGCCUAUCAGAGCUACAAGAUUUCCAAAAUGUUUGGCUACGAUACGGAUUCCGCUGAAGUUCAGGUGGAGACUGAUCGAAUCACACAGUCAACGGAAAAUUUGGACAUCAAUGGGUCCACGAAUGCAGAUGAAGAGGCCCCUAAGGGUAGUGAUAAUGAGCAGAGUUCUGUUUCGAUGAACGGGCAAAGCCAACGGUCCCUGAACAGCAGUAAGUUGUAA